AUGUUGGCAGAAGGCAUCUUAACUAGGCUCAUAUAUAAGGAAAGCUGUCAUCAAGAUAAGCCUCAGAAAUUGCAUGCAUCCAAAAAGGAUAAAGAGGGAAUCUGGAGACACAAACUUGUAGACAACCCAAAAAUUAAAAGCUUUGCUGAUGCACAUGAGAAGCAGGCUGAGAUCUCUGCUAGAAGUAGCAAAGUGGAAUACAGGAGUGGUCCUCAAAGGAGAUCCUUGAAAGAGGUACCUGCAAAAGAUCAGAAAACACUUGGUAAAGGCGCUGUAUCACCAGCUUUAUAUAUCCCCAGAAGAAAACAAAAUAUUGAACAGAUGGAUUUAUAUAGAUCCUGGUCAUGCAACAGAAUUUAUCAAAACUAUCCUGACUUACACAUUGGGGGAGAUCACGUUGGGGACCACACAUGCGAUUCUGGUUGUGUUUUGGACCAUGUGUGUGAUGAACCUUCUGAUGGCCCUGUUUUACUGUCCAUAGAUAUUCCUCUAGGCCAGUCUCCUCUAUGUGAGCAUCCCAAAAAGCCAAGUAUGAAGUCCUUGUCUGGAGAUGAAGCUGCAGAAUGGAGUUUCAUGAUCUGUGAGGAGCCUCUUUCAAACUCUGUGCUCAACAAGUACAUGGAAACAAAAGUGGCAGAGUUCUAUAAACAGUUUUUUGAAGAGAACUUGACCAGGUGUGGUUCUAUAACAAACCUCCUUGCUUGCAGUGUGAUGAGGAAUAACCUGAAUCAGAUAAGCUUUCAGAUAUCUCAGGAGCAGAACAUAGAAAUAUCAAAAGCCAGAGAAGUGCUCUUGCGUUCUUUUGCUUUGUUUAGUUUGUGCAAUACCAAUAGAAGUAGCUCUGAAUUUAGUACUCCAAACUUACAAAUCUCAAACCCAGAAUGA